CUAUCGAAUUCCAUAUAUGGUGGAUACCUUCUUAUCGUACGAUUGCAGGUACGACGCGAAGUAAAAAGAUGGCAUAUAAUUUGAAGAAUGAGGAGGAAGUGAAUGAGUACUUGAAGAAUCUUCACAUAGAAUAUCAAUUCGGCUGUUACAGCGAGAAAAAUCCGGAGGUAUGCCACUUGUUGGGCAAUUUUUACGAAGCGAUAAAAGUGGAUACGGACAAAGCUGCUUCGUUAUACAAGACGACCUGCGAUCAAUAUAAUUACGCCAGAAGCUGUGCGAAAUUCGGCGAUUUUAAAGUGAUCGGAAAAGGGUGCGAGAAGGACAUACCGACAGCAUACAAGUAUUUAUCAAAAAGCUGCGAACUCAAUGACGAAUAUGGGUGUCUACAUGCUGGUGUUCUGGGAACAUCUAAAUCCGACGUCGGAGAAAAAGACAGAGCCACCCAGAUUCAUGCAGGUGCCAAGUAUCUGAAGAAAGCCUGCGACAUGUACAACUUGGACAAGGCCUGUUUUUAUCUAUCGGCAGGUUUAAAACGCCUUCCCUGCGACUCACUCAUCAACGAUACGACGAAUAUCACCAUGCGAUUCUACUUUUUCUUGAUUUCUCGCACCUGGCUGGCAGCCGCCGUCUUUGUUACGCUCGUCUCUCAUGGCAUUCUGUCCAAUGCGCAAUCGACCGAUAGUGAAUCAAACAAAAAUGUUAUCAACGUAGAUGUUUACUAUGAAUCAUUAUGUAGUGAUAGCAUGCGAUGGAUCGUAAAUCAACUCGUACCAUCAUAUCUGGAAUUGAAACGUCGUAUCCAUGUCACAUUGGUUCCUUUCGGUAAGGCUACGCACCAUCGCGAAAGCGAAACCGGUCCGUGGCAGUUCUCGUGUCAACAUGGACCCAGUGAAUGCCGUGGGAAUAAGGCCCAGGCGUGUGCGAUUCACGCUAUACAGUCCUCCGAGGCAACCGAGAACCACCAACCAUUGAUGGUCAAUCUGGUCGGUUGUGCAAUGCUCGCUGGUACCCCGGGGACUGCUGUUCCACAGUGCGCUCAAGCUGUUGGCCUAAGUACAGAAACACGAAAGUUGAUCGACGAUUGCAUCGCGAGCCCGCUGGCAGACAAUUUGCUUGCAGCGAACGGCGACAAAACGGAGGCCCUGCAAUCACCUUUGAGAUUCGUGCCGACGAUAGUGAUUAAUGGGGUAUACUCAAAGGAAAAUCAAGACGAGGCGAUAAGAAACUUCCCUAAACUAAUCUGUCGACAUUUAACGGCGGAGAAGCCGAGCAUCUGCAGCAGCGAGAGUGCCGAGAAUUAAAAAGGGAUAGGACCAAGCUAAGCAUCAAAGGUGUGGAGACGAAUAAACAUUUGCUCGAAAUAAAUGAUAUAUUUUGUUUAUCUAUAAUAUACAUAAGUACCUAUGUACAAAAAUA